CUUCCUUUCACUAAAAAGGGUCUACUUGAAUUGAAAGUAUUAAAUAGCAACAUUGCUAAAAAACCGUAGCCUACCGUAAGAAACUAUAAUUCUUUGCGAAAAGUGUGUAAUAUAUCGUCCUUAAAGUAGCGACUCUGACAACUGGACUUUGCACUUAUCUUUCCAUUUGGCACUUCUUUUUAUUUUAUCUUAUCCAUAAAAUUACAAAAUGGCAAACGCUGCUCAAAAAAAACUAGCAUUGCAAAACAAGCGAAUUCUAAUGUUCAUGCUCGUGGCCGAUGUCACUGUCAACUUCUUAUUCGUCUUGCUUCGCUUUUUUCUUCGUAGUCCUCUUUCCAAGUUCUCCAAACUCUUAUAUAUCUUUGCUGCGGGCUCCUCGGGUUUCCUACAUUACCAGCUUUACCGUGCGGCCGCUCCCAAAUACGAUUCUAAAGGCGCUCUGCUGUACGUGGGCCAGGAUCUCUUACAGCAGGGUGUUACAUCGUACAUGAUUGAUUAUAUGUACUUUUCUUGGAUUGUAAUUUUCCUUUCUGCCCUGACUUCUACCAAGUUUUUUGCCUUGUAUUUGCUAGUUCCCAUCUUUGUUGGAUAUAAAGCCUUUCCUUUGUUACGUAUGGGACUUGAGCAAUUACAAAAAUUCAGGAACCAAGGCUCUAAUGACCCUGCCUCCUCGGUACAGGAAGAGCCUACUGCUAGUAGGCCUCUUUCAAAACGUCAAGAAAAGCUCCGCAAAAAGUCGAACAAGUACCAUUCUGGUUGAUUUUCAAUGCUCUAGUUCUUUUAAGAACCUUUCUGUAAUUUACAUAGACGGUCUAGGUCAACACAUCAAAGAGAUUCUGUAAGUUACAUUUCUUACAAAGCUAAUCGAUACAAGUUUUCUCUU